AUGAAGCCGCCAACCCCCCUCCGGACAGCUCGUCGCUCCCUCUACGUCUGCCAAAGCUGUCGCCGUCACCUUCGCGAGCGGAAUCCUCCGUCGAUUGCAUCUCAGCAAAGAUGGAUCGCUCGAGCCCACGUGCGACGAAUCCAAGAGGCCGAGGAAGAAUGGCGUGCAAAGGCCAGAGAAAUCGAAAAAGGCAACAUGAAGUCGAUGGUUACUAUACUUGAGGAACGGGGAUAUAUCAACCAGAUUGUCGGCACAAGAGAAGAGCUGGACAAGCUACUCACCCAUCGCCGAGUCGGAGUGUAUGCUGGCAUAGACCCUACUGCCCCUUCGUUGCAUGUUGGUCAUAUGGUCCCUUUCAUGGUCUUGGGUUGGUUUUACAUCCACGGUUACAAGGCCAAUUUCAUCUUGGGAGGAUUCACCAGUCGCAUUGGUGAUCCGACGGGCCGUUUCAAGGAGCGAAAACUCAUGUCUCCUUCAGAGAGGAAAGCCAACAUGACAGCCAUGCAUAUUCAACUGAAAAAGCUGGGCGCUUCCAUCGAAAAAUACGCUGAACGGAAGGGAUAUAUGCGGGAAUGGGCUUGGCGCAGAUCUCUCGAGAACAAUAACGCAUGGUGGUCUAAGACCACAGCAAAAGAAUUCUUGUCCAUCCUCGGUCGACAUAUCCGUAUAGGUCCAAUGCUGGGUCGAGACACAGUGAAAAAUAGACUGGAAAAGGGAGAUGGAAUGUCCUUUGCCGAAUUCAGCUACCCGCUGGUCCAGGCAUGGGACUGGUGGCACCUGUUUCAAUCCGGUUGCCAGCUACAAAUUGGCGGUGCGGAUCAGUUUGGAAAUAUCCUUGCGGGCGCCGAAGCUGUAAAGCAGAUUGCCAAAGACACGCACGAGUACCAGGUCCGCUUGCGGCAAACUCAGAUGCUCGAUCGAAGCCGCGGCAUCGAUCUCAGUUCUGAUCCAAUGGGAUUCACUGUGCCUCUCCUGACUACGGCCUCAGGAGAAAAGUUCGGAAAGAGCGCUGGUAAUGCCGUCUGGCUCGACCCAGAGAUGACCAGUGUCUUCGAUCUAUACCAGUUCUUUUUACGAUCUUCAGACUCGGACGUCGAGAAAUAUCUAAAGUUGUUGACUUUCCUGCCCUUGCCCGAGAUCAGUGAAGUCAUGAGAGAACAUGAGAAAGACCAAUCAAAGCGUGUGGCACAACACAAGCUCGCAAAGGAGUUCGUGGAGCUCAUCUACGGACUAGAUGCUGCGGAAAAGGCCGAAAGUGAGCAUCGUCAACUUUUCAACAAAAGCAUCAGCCUCGGCGAUAUGAAGGCGAGCCUGGCGAAGACCAAAACAACGGACACACAUUCUCCGGAAAUGCCACUGUUCGCGCACCCUUCGUUAAACAAGCAUGCCCAGCCCUUGCGACGCGAAGAUAACGUAUCCACGCACAUCAAACUCCCACGGAGCGUCAUUACCCAGAAGCCUAUGAGCAAUAUUCUCUGGUCGGCAGGCAUGGUGACGUCGAAAACGGAGGGCCAGCGACUUAUUAACGCCGGAGGAGCAUACGUAGGAGGAACGUCCGACGCAAGAAAUGAAAUGGAUGAUAGCGUCAACUUUACACCUGUAAAGUCGUCCGACUGGAAAGAGGUGCAAAAAUGGAUUAUCGAUGAUAAUUUGCUCAUUCUUCGAACGGGGAAGUGGAGGAUCAAGAUCAUCAACAUCGUCCCAGACGAGGAAUAUGCGGAACUUGGGUUGACAUGCCCCGGGUGGGAGGGACGCCCGGGGGGCAAGGAGAUUCCGGAUUUGGGGGACAAGGGAGAUGAGGCCCGGGUCUUGAAGGCAUCGUGA